GGUCAGGAUGUUCAUUCUGUGCCCUCAGUCCCUCCCGUGAUGCUCCGUGGAACUCGGGACCCGCACGGUGAGGGCCCCGUGGGGAGGCCGAAGGCCUAAGGUGGCUUCAGGCAGGAUUGACUUUGGAGGGACGCUGGGGAGCCCCAUUCUUGCUGCCUGCCUGCCCUUCGAGUCCCACCGGCCUGCCCUCUGCCCCAAUCGAGCGGUGAGUCAGGGACCAGGCAUGACCGAGUGUGGCCAGGCUGCUGUCCGGGGAGGACCAGGUGGGACUCGGGCCGUUGGGCAGGGCUGAGGUGACGGGACACUUGAGGUCAGCUGGCCCCUCAGCUCCCCGUGGCACCCCUGCAGCAAGGAGUCCCAGCCUGUGACACUUGAGAGGGACCCGGGGUGAGUGUGGCAACACCCCGUGCGCCCCAGUCCUCAUCCUGGUGAGGCUUGGCCAUGGUGGCAUUUCCGGAAGUUUCUGCCGUCAGGCUGUCUCCCGCAGGUGGACUAUUUAAUUAAUGGAAUGUACGCUGGGCUCCUGCAACCAGUCCUCUCAGCCUGCCCCCCGUCUCAACAGUGGCGCCCCCUUACCAAGUCCACAGCCUCCUGGGGCCUCAUCCCUGCCUGCCGGCAUGUGCCUCCCCGCCCCUCACCUGGAGGACAACCUACCUGUCCAGUCUAAUCGCAGAUCCCUCGGCCACGUAGCCGGCAUCGUUAGCAGCCUGAGCGGCAGCUGGGAGCCUCGGGGACUGCCCAGCCUUGCUCCCGGCUCACCCACAAGAUGUGGACAGCCCUGGUGCUCGCUUGCAUUUUCUCCUUAUCCUUCUCUGAGAGCCAAGUGGCGCCCCGGGAUCCAGGGACCUUCGUCUUCAACCAGACGCAGGCUGAUUUAGUCACAAAAAGCACAUCCAGAGAAACGACUGACAGCAUCUUUAACAGAACCUCAGAGGGCGUGACGACGCCCUCUCCUGUCACGUUGGCCAGAGAGAUUUCGGGAGCCGCCCAUAGCUCCCCUGCAGUCACGGCAGGGAGGACACCCGGGACCAAUGGGGGCACCUCGGCAGCUACCGUGGGUCCCGCCAACCUCACGGACUCCAGGGUGCCCACGCCGACAUCCAAACAGCCAACCCCGGCGUCCACGGCCGCUCUCAUCACACCCCGCACCCAGGCAUCCAGCAACGGUACGUUGCCAACAGCAGCACCUAGGACGACGCUGGCCACCAGCACGCAGACUGCUGCCGCCACCACGGCAAAUGCCAGCAGCGCCCAGGGCUCGCAGGGCCCCGCCGAGCACACCCCCCGCCACUCCACAGACAGCCCCACGCUCCCCACGAGUCCCCACGCACUUAACACAUUCACACAAGGUCCCACCACCCAGCCGUCGACUGCCCGACCCGUGGCAGACACAGCAAGUAGGCCCACCCCGCCCCUCGAGAACACAACCCCAGAGCCCACCCAUUCCGUGGCUGCCAUGUCCACCACGGCGGUGACAGCUGAGGGGCCAGCGGCCAGCACAGUGCCAGCUCCUGUGCCACAGGCCAGCCCCACACCUGGGGUGGAGGCCACGUCCCCCACAACACCGCCAAGCCCUGUCUCAUCUCCACGGGGGGCCACGGGGCCUGCCACGCCCUCCACUCCAGAGCAGGUGUGGCCUGAGGCCACAGGUGGCCCUGCUUCCACCGGCCCAACCCCUGGGAGCUCAGGGGACCCUAAGGUGCCAACCACGGACUCGUGCCAGCUCAGCACCCAGGGCCAGUACCUGGCGGUCACCACCAGGGCUCUGCCCCUGUCCCCGGUGAACAGAGGGGCACUGCUGGCCAUGCUCCUGCUUGGGGUGGCCUUCCUCUUCGCGGUCUUGGUCCUGUUUGCGCUGCAGGCCUACGAGAACUACAAGAAGAAGGACUACACGCAGGUGGACUACUUGAUUAACGGGAUGUACGCGGACUCAGAAAUCUGAGGUGGCGGAGGCGGCCUUGGGCUCCAGCUGGACCCUCCGGGGGCUGGGCCCUGCCCUCCUUCCAUGUUCCCCCUGAGACCAAACCAAGUGCUUCCAAAUCCUUUGGUGCAAUUCAGGAGCUCUGCCAGAUGUUUAAACACAUUUAAUUACGGUCGGAUUAAUUCCAUGGUCACUAAAAUGUUGCUUUUUUUCAUAUUUAUUUUUGUAAACGAUCAUGGUGAUGGAGCAGGCAGUGAUUGGGGCGGUUGGGCCCUGUUGUGUCAGACCCUGGCAGGAAUUAAAGCGAUGACUGCUUUCCA